UUAUUUUGACGAUGGCGGAAGAUCGGAGUCCGAAAAUUCUGAUCUUUCGUCUUCAUUGAACUGAGAAUCAAAUCGAAAAUGGAAACUAAUCCCCGAACCCUAGCUCCCGGUUUGAAUCUUCUCUCUGCAACCAUAACCUCUCAGAGAAGCAUAGUUUUCUAUCAGACUCUAGUUCUUCUCAUUACUUUCUCCGCAUACGCAGCUUUCCAUGCCUCUCGGAAGCCUCCAAGCAUCGUGAAGAGCGUGCUUGGUCCCGAUGUUCAAUCGGGCGACACUGAAUUAGACAGAAAUUCGAGCUCAAUCAACACAGGAUGGGCUCCGUUCGAUGGAAGACAUGGGCCACACAGGUUGGGAGAGCUCGAUCUCGCUUUCCUCUCUGCUUACUCGAUUGGAAUGUAUUUCGCUGGACACAUUGGAGAUCGGAUAGAUCUCCGGCUUUUUCUUUCUUUCGGAAUGUUUGCUAGUGGAAUUUCUACAGUUGUUUUUGGUUUAGCGUAUUGGUGGAAGAUUCAUACUUUAGGGUUCUUCUUGCUGGUUCAGAUCGUCAGUGGAUUGUUUCAGUCAACGGGUUGGCCUUGCGUUGUCUCUGUUGUAGGGAACUGGUUCGGGAAAUCAAAGAGAGGAUUGAUAAUGGGGAUCUGGAGUUCGCACACUUCUGUUGGGAAUAUGUUGGGUUCAGUCAUUGCCUCUUCAGUCUUAGCUUUCGGUUGGGGUUGGUCCUUCGUAUUGCCUGGAAUUUUACUUAUAUUUGUCGGAUUAGUGGUUUUUCUGUUCCUCAUCGCGACUCCGGAAGAUGCAGGGUUUGAAUCCCCGGUAAACGAUGUGGAGAUGAGAUCAGAAGCUGAGUAUGUGGUAGCUUCGGAGGAAUUCAAAAGGGAAGAAGAGGGUCUCCUUCAAUCUGGGUCUCCGGGUUCAUCAGCUGCGAUUGGAUUCUUGGAGGCUUGGAGGCUACCGGGUGUGGCACCGUAUGCUUUCUGCCUCUUUUUCUCCAAGCUCGUGGCUUAUACUUUCUUGUAUUGGUUGCCCUUCUAUAUAAGGCACACAGAUGUUGCUGGAGUGCAUUUAUCACAUGAAACUGCUGGAAUGCUUUCGACAAUAUUUGAUGUUGGAGGGGUAUUCGGUGGCAUCUCGGCUGGAUACAUUUCUGAUAGGAUCGAGGCUCGUGCUGUUACUUCAAUUCUAUUCUUGAUAUUCUCAGUCCCAGCCCUUAUUUUGUACCGAACUUAUGGAAGCAUCUCUAUGUACUCCACCACUGGAUUGAUGUUUCUAUCUGGAUUGCUUGUGACUGGUCCAUACUCACUUAUUACAACAGCUGUUGCUGCUGAUCUGGGGACACAGAGCUUGAUCAAAGGGAAUUCCCGGGCUUUGGCUACGGUGACAGCCAUCAUAGAUGGCACUGGUUCAGUUGGGGCAGCUUUGGGUCCUUUACUUACUGGAUAUAUUUCCACGACAGGAUGGAACAGUGUAUUUCUUAUGCUUAUUGUCGCCAUUCUUCUUGCAAUUUUAUUCUUGAUUCGCCUUGCACGAGCUGAGAUUAAUAGUAACUUGAGCGAGGGAAAAUGGUUCUGGGAAAGGAUGCCAGUGAGGUGAGAGCAACCUCUCUUUGCCUUGGCACCAUUCAUGUAUGUUUUUGCACUACACAUUUUCUAUACCCAGUUAAUCUUUUGAUCUGUAGUUAUUCAUGUAAAAUUAGUACCCACAUUACAAAUGAAAAUCUUCAUUUUUCUCCCAUUUUGCUAAGGGAGGUCUGAGAUACUGUUGUAACAUGUUGUAAUCAUUACUGCUUCAAUGUUAGGUUUGGGAUUUUCUUGUAAUUAUAACUAUUUGACCGCAAUAGGAAUACCAAAAUAUUCUUAACCCUUGGGAUUCCUAA